AUGGCGGAGAAGAAAUUCAAGCAAAAGGAAUUGAAACGUCGGAAUAUCAUCGAUUCCAUCUCACGCAUCGAGGAUUAUCUACAAAACUACAAUCACGAUCGAGACCAACACGAAUUAGCGAUACGGUCAGAAAAACUGGAUAGUUUGAUGGAAGAUUUCGAGACAGUACAAGGUGAAAAUUUAGCAGACUCCGUUGUACUUUCCGUUGAUGAACUUAAUGUUGCCAAAACCACCUUGAUAAAAUUAGUACAAAGAGAAGCCUUUGGGGAUGAAAUCAAGCAAUUGGCAGCAGGUAAUCAAUUGUUUAAAAGGUCCAGCCUCAGACUUCUGAACCCAUUUUUGGAUAUGGCUGGUGUGAUGCGAGUUGGUGGCCGGCUCAGACUUUCGGAUGAAGGAUACGAUUUCAAGCACCCAAUACUACUACCUGGAUUUCAUUACUUUACUCGUUUACUGUUGAUGUCAAUCCAUUUGAAAACCCUACAUGGGGGAGUUUCGCUCACACUUGCAGUCACUCGUAAUGAAUUUUGGCCUACUAAUGGUAGGCGAGCAGUGCGUAACACGAUUCAUAAAUGCUAUCGCUGCAUUCGUGCGAAUCCUCAACCGAUAAAACAACCUAUAGGGCAAUUGCCACAUGCCCGUGUCAGUCCUAGUCGCCCAUUUUCCAUCACUGAAAUCGAUUAUUGCGGACCAGUUUUUGUUAAAACUCCGGGACGGAAAGCAUCCCCGAUUAAAGCUUAUAUAGCAAUAUUCGUGUGUUUUAGCACUAAGGCUGUGCAUAUCGAGUUAGUGGGCGAUUUAAGCACAGCAUCCUUCAUGUCCGCACUUAGACGCUUCAUUGCCAGACGUGGCUGCCCGCAAGAGAUUUUUUCGGACAAUGGUACAAAUUUCGCCGGUGCUAAAAUUGAACUGCAUGGCCUGUAUCAAAUGCUCAAGAAUCGUACCGAAAAUAACCGUAUCGCAAAUAGUCUCGCAACGGAGGGAAUCACUUGGCAUAGUAUACCACCACGUGCGCCAAACUUUGGCGGCCUAUGGGAGGCUGCUGUGAAGGUGGCGAAAACGCAUCUCCGUCGUCAACUGGGAAAUACAACACUGUACUAUGAGGAUUUGGAGAUGUUCGUGCAACUAAGAGUGCAACAAUUUUGGUGCCGCUGGAGAAGCGAAUACCUGAAGGAGCUUCAGCGACAAUCCUACAUAAAUCCGGAAAAGGUUAACCUCAAGGUUGGUCAACUGGUAAUUCUGAAGGAUCAACUUAUGCCACCCACUCAAUGGCCAUUGGCGCGUAUUGAUGCGCUUUAUCCUGGGCGAGAUAAUAUUUCUCGAGUUUUAUUGCUGAGAACAUCAUCUGGAAUAUUUAAAAGACCUUCGUGCAAGGUGUGUCCGUUACCUUGUGCAUUCGACGAGUAUGACGAAACCAGCGCAACCCCCAACCAUGCUGGAGACGACGCGGAUAAUUCGGAGCAAGCAGUUUAUAAUUAG